GCUGUUAUCUCCAUGUUAUCAUCAAUGCGCUGCAUAUCUCGCGUAUACCUAUGAAUGUCGGACACGACAUGAUGACACAGACUACGAUAUAUAUUAUUCUGUUUUUCUCUACUCUCGGGACGGUGGUGAAAGUCGGUAGCCAAGGUAUCACUGACUGCGGGUGCACUUCCGGGUGUUCCUACCCACCGACUCCCUGCGUCUCGAGGUGCAUCACGGGCCGGGAUGGAAGCUUUUGUCAAAGACGUAACAUUGCCCUCGGUCGAUCUACUGAACAAACCGGUUCCUUCAACGACACCGCGUUCUGCCCCUCCCCCGACCCCAGCUUCGGCCGCAUGUUGUGUGGGGUGAAGAACAGCAGCCUGGCGGUUGACGGUGAUGCCGACCACAACUACUGGCACGGGACGUGUACCCACACUGUACCCCACAACACAACCGCAAGAUGGAGCGUCAACUUUGGCGACAGUCACGUGAUCAGUCACGUGGUCAUUCACACUGACGAAGAUCAGCCCUCGACCUUCAAGACGUUCCAGCUGUAUGUGAAUGACCAGUGGUGUCAGAACUGGACAGCACGGUCAGACGGUGACCUUGUGGCAGAUAUUACGUGUGUCCGGGCGUUGAUUGGCUCCAACCUAACCAUCCUCAGCCCACCAGGUCCCGGGAAUCAAAACCUGUCUGUGUUGGACUUGUGUGAAGUACUAGUAUACGAGUGCAGCGAUUUCUGGUUCGGCUUCAAGUGUGACAAGCGGUGUUACUGUAACAACACGUCGGAAGUGUGUCACAAGGUCACAGGUCACUGUCUUUCUGGGUGCGCACGGGGAAGGGCAGGAGCCGAUUGUCAGAUGAUUAAUGUCGCACUGGCCAGGAAUGCCAUACAGAGCAGUACGUACAAAGGGUUACUAUGUGCCAAUUCCACGUCUCCUCAGUGUGAGACAUCGGCCAAUCACGCAGUGGAUGGGGACACAAGGAGUAUAAACGGGUCGUGCUCAUACACCAACUCUGGUCAACCCUCGUCCUUCUGGAGUGUUGACCUGGAGAAGACUCGGGACAUCCACAGCUUCAGGAUCUAUAAUAAUAAAGACCAUCUAGACUACUUGAGAGGAUUCAAAGUGACGGUAGACGGCGCUGCGUGUUACCAGGCCGACACCACAGCAACGCCACCUGCUGUCAUUGACUUUAACUGCACUGACGUCAUUUCCGGUUCUAAUGUCACCAUUCUUCUCCCAUCCGCGUUGCCGGGACAACGUGUACUCAGUUUAUGUGAAGUGGAAAUUUAUGAGUGUGAUGACUUCAAGUACGGGCUGGACUGUGAAGCCACCUGUAGCUGUAAGGACGUCACGGAAGUUUGCAACAAGACCACAGGCUAUUGUCGGAGUGGAUGUACUCCGGGCUUGAAGGGGCAGAGUUGUACACAAGGUUGUCGAGGGGGCCACUAUGGUGUGAACUGUUCCGGUGUGUGUGGUCACUGUGCCUAUGGAUCUGUCUGCCACACGGUAACAGGGAAAUGUCCAGACGGUCUGUGUGAAGGGUGGUGGACUGGUGACCGUUGUCAUGAUUGUCGGAAGGGUACCUACCCGCGGGAUGAACGGUGUGAGCCCUGUCUUGCUUGUGAGGACGACGACUGUGACAUCACCGGGACGUGCCUGAGGGGAUGUCGUGCUGGAUACAGCGGGGAAUUGUGUAACGAAACAUGUGUCAAUAACACAUAUGGCGCCAACUGUGCAUUUGAUUGCGGUGCGUGUCACAACAAUGUGGCCUGCGACAUCAAGACUGGGCAGUGCGCUGCUGGAUGUGAGCCGGGAUUUACAGAAGAGCUCUGUCAAAACUGCAGGGCGGGGCUGUAUGGUGAGGGAUGCAACAUGACAUGUGGUCGCUGUGCCAGUACUGAGUGUGAGAAGGAUACCGGCAGGUGCCCGCGGGGAUGUGAGACGGACUUUGGCGGUCAAACUUGUACAGACUGCAUUGAUGGUCGGUAUGGUCCCAUGUGUCAGAAGGUGUGUGGUCACUGCCGGUAUGGAGAGAACUGUGACCGCGUGACGGGCAACUGUACACAUGGCUGCCAGGGCGGAUGGACGGGAAGAAUGUGUCUAGCUUGCAGGCUUGGUUACUACGGGCAAACGUGCUUCCCCUGCGGCCAUUGCUUGGGUGAUGUGGCAUGUAACAUGACAUCCGGUUUGUGCCCAGGAAACUGUGACCCAGGGUGGACAUCGAAUACCUGUAGCCAAGGGUGUCCCGUAGGCUAUUACGGAGACAACUGCACAUCGGAGUGUGGAAACUGUGCCGACAACUUCAGGUGCAGCAAUGUAGACGGUUCCUGCCCCGUCUCCCGCUGUGCGCCGGGGUACAAGGGCACACUGUGCACUACAGAAUGUCCAAACGGCUUUUACGGCAGUAACUGCAAGUUCCCAUGUGGGAUGUGUCUCCACAACGCAUCCUGUAACAAGACGUCUGGUUUGUGUCCUGGCGGCCAGUGCAUGGAGGGCUACAAGCCACCACGGUGUCACGGAGGUUGUCCGUCGGGAACAAUCGGCAUUCAUUGUAGACAUUCGUGUGACCACUGUCUGGAUCUGCAUUGCGACGUUGUAACCGGGCGUUGUAACAAUAGCGACUGCGCUCCUGGAUGGACUGGGGACUUAUGCAUGACAGUUGCCAGUCCCAGCCAGUCUGGAAUACAACCAUGGGGGAUAGCACUGGCGGUACUGCUCCCUCUGUUGGCUGUUGUGGGUGCCGGUGUUGCGUUGUGGUGGAAGUGCCGGCGUGCUCAGAAGGACCAUUCGGACCAAGAGAUGGCGAAUGUCAGAAGGCCACCACGUCAGAACACUCGCUGAUGCUACACAAUUCACACCAGGGACAUGCAGCGAUAUGUGUCAAAGGGAUAUACUGAAGUGACAACACCAGAGACGUAUGUGAUGCACUGGUGAUACAAACUACCCCACCAACACUACUGGGAUCAGAUAUGUGAUAACAAAAACACACUG